UAAGGUGCGCAUGCCCAAUGUUUAGAAAAGUCGUCUUCCUAAAGUCGUCUAGGCCCUCAGCGGCAGAAACUGGGCAUGGUGUCAUGGAAUGCUGCCUCCUAAUCACCAUAAUUGGCUUUCUUACUUGAUUAUAGGAGGUGUAGCAUUAUUUGCUGCAAUAGUUUCAUUCUGUUUAUGGGCCUGCCUAAAGAACGGAGGCAAGGAAAAGAAAACAAAGCUAAGAAGAACACCACGUUCCAAAAACAACAAGAAGUUGGGACGAUAUAAAAAACUGAGCGAAACUGAAACUGACCUCUCCAGUAUAAAGGAAGCUGAAUCUUUGGGAAAUCGAGAAAUUUUUACAAGAGAAAAGAAUAAUACCAAGAAAAGAACAAUUGUGUCUGAAGUUUUACACCGUCUUUCUAUUGUAAAUGACAGCACAAAUGAUAAAGAGAUCAUCUUUGGUCAACAGGAAAUGGCUAGAGAUAAACCAAAGAAAUAUGGUGCAAGCAAAAGACGUUUUUCAAAGAAGUCCAUGCUGGGCAAAUGCACAUCACCUAGAACAACCAGUCCAGAAGAAUCAGAUAAUUCAAACGAUACUGCAAGUUACAAAACUAAAUCUGAAAAGGCACUAGGUUUUCCAAAGGAGAAAGGCGGCAAACAAAGCAAAAAAUUCAGGGAAGUGGAUGAGAAUGUUGAAGGUGAAAGUAGAAAGCCUUCAUUAGGAUGUAAGGAUGAAGCACAAAAAACAGUGUAUGGAAAUUUCACAACACAACCAAAAGGAGGCACCAAGAAGAGGCCAGACAAGGAAUUGUAUAAACCACCAAAAGCAAGGGCAAUGAAUCCUAGGAAAGAUGUGAGGGAAAAUGAAUCAAGGACUAUGGAUAUUCCAGUUACUGAUCUUAAUAUGUUUUCAGAGUUAACAAAAGAAAAGCCAGUUGAGAAUUUCCCUUAUGAAAGUCAUCAAUACAAACCAGCAUAUAGAGAUAGAGAUGUCAAUAGAAAUGAAGAAAGUCUGAACAUUGAUGAACACAACGAUAUAUUACCAAAUUAUGAAAACAAUGAACAUGGUAGAACAAUGGCCAUAAAAAUGAGAAAUGGUUCUGUUGAGAAUUUAGAGGCAGCUACAAAAAGUUACCUUGUUUCUGACCAUAGCUUUAACAGGUCAGCAACAGUCGAAUAUUAUGGUAGAACCAAAGAUGGAAAUACAUCUUUAGAUGUAAAUAUGAGGCAAGAUGGGUCUUUAGAUUUGUUGAAAUCCAACCAGAAAGUUUAUGAGCCCAACACUGACCCACAAACUUUGGAGAAAGACAAACUUGUUAUUUUAUAUGAAAAGGCUCAUUCGUCUAAAUUGAAACAUCAACAUCAACAAAGAUUGGAAGAAACCAACUUAAACAGAGUAUUUAAUAAAAGUUCAGUAAAGAAGCUAAAGAAUGUAGGGCCUGCAAUUUUCAUAACAGAGCAUGCUACAAGGGAGUGGAAAGGGGAAACUGUUAAGGCAGAUAAAAUAAGGCGGGGUUAUGCAAGAGUCCAGGAUGAGACAGGGUUGGAGUGCAUACGAGUUAUAAGAGGUGACAACUACUGUGCCCUGAGAGCUGUCUUGUUCCAGUCACUUUCAUCUGGUAUUGAUAUUUUAGCAAAUUUCAGACAUCUGGAAUCUUUUAAAGAGCUUCCAGUAUUGUUGGCAACAGAAAACUUUGAUUGGAUAGAAAAUUGGAAUUUUGCUGGAAGGAUGAAUCUUGAAGGCUCUUCUGCAGUAGAAAUUUUGGAAGAGUGUUUAGAUUUUCUUGAUAAAAUAGUUAAAAAGAGUAUGAGUUGUUAUCAAGACACAGAAAGGUGCGAAAUGAUUCUUCAAAUGAUGAAUAGCUCUGAAGAGGAAGAAAUCAAAAUGUUUGAAGCAGUUAAAUUUCUGAUGCUGUUCAAAAGUAUGGAAUAUUUUAAUAUGAUGCAGAAUGACGAGGAUGUAAACAUAUUGCCAUUUUUGUUGUUUGCAAGAGACACUUCAACCAAUCCAGAACUUUUUAUGGCAAAUCACCUCAACCACGUUGGUGACAGUUGCGGGUUAGAUCAGUUGGAAAUGAUAUUACUGGGGCGCACUUUGAAUAUCAUGAUCAGAGUCAUGCGGUUGCACAGAAUAGACGAUGGCGACUUCACAGCGACAUUUCCGGACGAUUUGGCAGACGCAUCGGAUGUUGUUACCGUUGUUGCUGAGGAUGAUAGACACUACAAUGCCCUAUCAGAGGUGCCUUAAACAUGUAUAUUCAGGAGUUUAUUCCAGGAUAACCUGGUUUGAAAAUGAAUACUGAUUCUUCCGGUACGUUUCGAAACGGAAAACCGGUACUUUGAAAACCGGCAACCAAAAUUUUUCCGGUACGUAUCGAAUUGAACUUGGUGGUAUUUUACCAAACAACCAGGUUUGACUGUCGUACUAAGUAAUUCGGAAUCGGCGAGAAAGAUAUGCGUCCAGCCUCUUUGAAAUUGACCCAAGCCUAGAAUUUUUCUAGCUCUUUUCUUCCCAUGUUUCCAGUUCCAAUUUUACUAAAAAGCAACGAAGCAAGAAAACAGCACCAGUUUUUAAUGCUAAAAUUGAACAACUCUGCGGGUUGCUGGGGUAUUGUCAGGUUUGACCGAAGAGAAAUCCAAUCUCCAGGCUGGCCCAAAGAUGUUCAAACACCCCUAGGAUUCCGAUGUCUAGAAGUUAUCAGGCUGUUUUGAAGAAAAGUUUUCUGUUAAAAAUGAGGACUUUUCAUAAAUAUGAAAUUUUCACACCUUCUUGCAUAUGCUGUGUCGCAUAAAUAAAUAUUACAAUUUCAAUUGUAGCCAGAAAGUUUUAGGAAUGAUUGCAGUUAGAAAAGAAUUCAUGAAUUCAUAAGGUAAAGUAUAUAAACUCUAAUAUGACUUCGUUUCUUACCGAUAUGACGAUCAAUGAUCAUUGUUAAUUUACCAAUAAAUUUUAUGAAUUUACAGGCUGGUUUUGAAAGGCAACGUUUAUAUUAAUAAAAGGAGUCUUAGUCUUUCCUUUGCAACAACUUUUCGAUCAAUCUAUUCGUAGGAUUAUGUACAGGUCAUACAUACUUCAUUUUUUGAAUGAGAGGCUGCAGCCAGCUGUAACCGCUUAAUAGUUCUUUUUUUUGACGGAAUUUGAGUUGGGAAUUUCCUUAAAUUUUCAAACGAAUGUUUUGCUUAACAAAGGGGUUGAAGCCAUCGUCUCCAGUCACCACAAUCGCUUUCUUCGAAAAAUGUGUAUUUUCAUUCAGAAAUUUUUACCGUGAUCGUAUUUAUAGAUCUAGCAAGGUAAUUUAGACAUCUUGAUGUCAUAAAAUAAUUAAUGUUUGUUUAUUUAUGAUUAUUUUCAAUACUGGCUAAUUCAUUUAUAUGGCUAAUUUUA